AUGAUACUGCUGCAAGGGCUGCUGGGCAAGACCCAAUUGGAAGAUAAACUGAAAUAUCAUGAGAUAUUCCAGCAAUAUAUCAGAGACGGAUUUAUUGAAGAAGCCGACUUAGAAUUCACCGGUAACUGCACCUACUUGCCUCACCGCCCAGUGAUUAAAGUAGGCGCGGAGACAACGAAAAUUCGGCCGGUGUUCGAUGGAUCAGCCCACAUGAAGGACAGACCUAGCAUCAAUGAUGCUUUGGAAAUAGGGCCAAAUCUAAACCCGGAAGUAUUAGCAGUCUUGUUGCGGUUGCGACAGAAUCGGAUAGCCUGGACUGCCGAUAUCACUCAGGCGUUUCUCCAAGUGGAGAUCCGCCCGGAGCACGGGCAGUUGAUCAGGUUCAUUUGGAUCGAUGACCCUAGGAAAGCACAGCCAGACUGA